ACGGCGUCUGGGAAAUUUUAAACUUAAAGGCGGGGCUGUCCGUGGGCCAGGAAGCGCUGGCGGUGGAGGAUCUUUGUCAGUUCCCUGAGACCUUAAGCAGGAUGGCGGAGGAAGGGGCGGUCGCUGUGUGCGUGCGGGUCCGGCCGCUAAACACCAGAGAAGAAGCUCUUGGAGAAGAUACCCAAGUUUACUGGAAAACUGACAAUAAUGCUAUUUAUCAAGUUGAUGGGAGUAAAUCCUUCAAUUUUGAUCGUGUCUUUCAUAGUAAUGAAACUACUAAAAAUGUGUAUGAAGAAAUAGCAGUACCAAUCAUAGAUUCUGCCAUACAAGGCUACAAUGGUACUAUAUUUGCCUAUGGGCAGACUGCUUCAGGAAAAACAUACACUAUGAUGGGCUCAGAAGAUUAUUUGGGAGUAAUACCCAGGGCAAUUCAUGACAUUUUCCAAAAAAUUAAGGAGUUUCCUGAGAGGGAAUUUCUCUUACGUGUAUCUUACAUGGAAAUCUACAAUGAAACCAUUACAGAUUUACUCUGUGAUACUCGAAAAAUGAAACCUUUAAUAAUUCGUGAAGACUAUAAUAGGAAUGUAUAUGUGUCUGAUCUCACAGAAGAAGUGGUUUAUACAUCAGAAAUGGCUUUGAAGUGGAUCACAAAGGGAGAAAAGAACAGACACUAUGGAAUAACAAAAAUGAAUCAAAGAAGCAGUCGUUCUCAUACCAUUUUUAGGAUGAUUUUAGAAAGUAGAGAGAAGGGUGAACCUUCUAAUUGUGAAGGAGCUGUCAAGGUAUCCCAUUUGAAUUUGGUUGAUCUUGCAGGCAGUGAAAGAGCUGCUCAAACAGGAGCUGAAGGUAUGCGGCUAAAGGAAGGCUGUAAUAUAAAUCGGAGCUUAUUUAUUCUGGGGCAAGUGAUCAAGAAACUUAGUGAUGGACAGGUUGGUGGUUUCAUAAAUUAUCGAGACAGCAAAUUAACACGAAUUCUUCAAAAUUCCUUGGGAGGAAAUGCAAAAACACGUAUUAUCUGCACAGUUACUCCAGUAUCUUUUGAUGAAACACUCUCUACUCUCCAGUUUGCCAGCACUGCUAAAUAUAUGAAAAAUACUCCUUAUGUUAACGAGGUAUCAAAUGAUGAAGCUUUGCUGAAACGAUAUAGAAAAGAAAUCAUGGAUCUUAAGAAACAAUUAGAGGAGGUUUCUUUAGAGACUCGGGCCCAAGCUAUGGAAAAAGACCAAUUAGCUCAACUAUUGGAAGAAAAAGAUUUGCUUCAAAAGGUACAGAUUGAAAAAAUUGAAAACUUAACACGAAUGUUGGUGACCUCUUCUUCCCUCACAUCACAACAGGAAUUAAAGGCUAAAAGAAAACGAAGAGUUACUUGGUGCCCUGGCAAAAGUAACAAAGUGAAGGACUCAAACUAUGUUAAUGAAUUUAAUAUGACAGCAUAUAUAACAACAAAAACACACAAGGGUGCUGUAACUUUAGGAGAAAUUGAUGAGUCUGUCUGCUCAGAGUAUGAUGUUUUCAGUAACACCCUUGAUACAUUAUCUGAGAUAGAAUGGAAUCCAGCAACAAAGCUACUAAGUCAGGAAAAUUUAGAAAGUGAAUUGGCCUCGCUUCGUGCUAACUAUGAUAGUCUGGUAUUAGACUAUGAACAACUAAGAAGAGAAAAAGAAGAAAUGGAAUUGAAAUUAAAAGAAAAGAAUGAUUUGGAUGAAUUUGAAGCUCUAGAAAGAAAAGCUGAAAAAGAUCAAGAGAUGCAACUAAUUCAUGAAAUUUCCAACUUAAAGAAUUUAGUUAAGCAUGCAGAAGUGUAUAAUCAAGAUCUUGAGAAUGAGCUAAAUUCCCAAGUACAGCUACUUAGACAAAAAGAAGACCAGAUUAAGAAGCUACAGGAAUUCAUAGAGUCUCAGAAGUCAGAAAAUAUUAAAAUGGACUUGUCAUACUCAAUGGAAAGCACUGAAGACCUAAAACAAAUGAAACAGACUCUGUUUGAUGCCGAAAUUGUAGCCCGUGAUGCCAAGAGAGAAUCAGCCUUUCUUAGAAGUGAAAAUCUGGAAUUGAAAGAAAAAAUGAAAGAACUUUCAAGUACAUACAAGAUAAUGGAAAAUGAUAUUCAGUUAUUUCAAAGCCAACUGGAGGCAAAAAAGAAAAUGCAAAUUGAUCUAGAAAAAGAGUUACAAUUUGCUUUUAGUGAAAUAACAAAACUCACCUCCCUUGUGGAUGGCAAAGUUUCAAAAGACUUGCUGUGUAAUUUGGAAUUGGAAAGAAGGAUUACUGAACUCCAGAAAGAACUAAACAAGAAAAUUGAAGAAAACACAGCUUUGCAUAAAGAAGUUAAUUUACUCUCAGAAUUGAAGUCUUUAUCCCCUGACGUAGAAAUGCUAAAGAAAGAGCUUUCUCACAAAACCCAAGAACUUCAACAGAAAACAGCUGAGGGGGAAGAAAGGUUAAGUGAAAUGGAACAGCUGAAAGAAGAAUUAGAAAAUAGGAAUUCUAGACUGCAAGCUAUAGAAAAGGAGAAAACAUUGAUUAAUGAGAAACUUCAGCAAACCUUAGAAGAAUUAAGAACCAUAACCCAAGAAAAGGAGAACCUAAAACAACUCCAAGAGAGCCUGCAAAUUGAGAGGGACCAACUUAAAAGCGAUAUUCAGGAAACUGUCAACAUGAACAUAGACACCCAGGAACAAUUACGAAAUGCUCUGGAGUCUUUGAAACGACACCAAGAAACAAAUAACGCACAAAAAAUGAAAAUUUCUGAGGGAACUUCCAGGAAUUUGCAUAUAGAGGAAAAUACAGGAGAAACUACAAAUGAAUUUCAAGAUGAGAUGCUCAGCAUAGAUAAAAAACAAGAUUUGGAAAUGAAAAACACCCAAAAAAUGAUGACUGAUGUUGGGGAUAAUGAGCUAAUUGAGCAACAGAGGAAGAUAUUUUCUUUAAUACAGGAAAAAAAUGACCUCCAACAAAAAUUAGAUACUAUGACAGAAGAAAAAGAACAAUUGAAGACUGACCUAAAGGAAAAUAUUGAAAUGACGAUUGAAAAUCAGGAAGAAUUAAGAAUUCUUGGAGAUAAACUUAAAAAACAACAAGAAAUAAUUGCACAAGAAAAGAACCAUACCACAGAGAAAGAAGAAGAGCUUUUAAAGACCUGUGAGAGACUGGCAGAAAUUGAAGAAAAGCUGAAAGAAAAGAGCCAGCAGCUUCAAGAAAACCAGCAGCAACUUCUUAGUGUAAGAGAAGAAUUGAGUGAGAUGCAGAAAAAUAUGAAUGAAAUGGAAAAUUUAAAGAACGAACUAAAGGACAAAGAAAUAAUAUUGGAACACGUAGAAAUGGAGAGGCUUGAGUUGGCUCAGAAACUUCAUGAAAAUCAGGAGGAAAUGAAAUCCAUAACCAAAGAAAGAAAUGAUCUAAAGAAGCUACAGGAGUCAAUUGAAAUAGAGAGAGACCAACUUAAAAGAUACAUAAGUGAAACUAAAGCUAGAAUCCCAGCACUUUAUGAGGACCAGGAACUACUUGCUAAUAUGAAAGAAGUCAGUGAGACUCAGGAAACAAUGGAUGAACUGGAGCUAUUGAAAGGGCACUCCAAAGCUAAGGAUUCAACAACAGGAAGCAUAGAAAUGGAAAGGCUCAGACUGACUGAGAAACUUCAAGAAAAUCAGGAAGAAAUAAAGUCUCUAACUAAGGAGACAGAUGCCCUUAAAACAACAAAAGAAGCACUUCAAGUUGAACAUGACCAGCAGAAAGAGGACGUUAGAGAAACUUUGGCUACAAUCCAAGAAGCUCAAGACAAACAAGAACAAUCCUUCAAUGUGAAAGAAAAAGACGAUGAGAUAAAGAAAAUGAUGAAUGAGAUCAAAGACUUGAAGGAGCAGUUCAAAGCCAAAGAUUCAGCACUAUUAAGGAUAGAAAAGGAAAAUCUCAAGUUGUGUGAGAGACUUCAAGAAAGUCAUGAUGAAAUGAACUCCAUAACCAGGGAGAGAGAUGACCUAAAGAGGCUUCAAGAAGGUCUUCAGUCUGAAAGUGACCAACUCAGAGAAGAGUUAGGAGAAAUUGUAGCUAGGCACCUGGAAACCAAAGAGAAACUUAAACUUGCUCAAUUUCACCUGAAGGAACAGGAGGGAACUAUUAAUAAGCUGAGAGUGAAUGUUUCACAGAGAGAAACUGAAAUAUCAAGUAUUCAAAAAGAAUUAGAAACAACCAAUGAUGAGUUACAAAAAAAGAUCCAAGAACUUCAUGAGCAACGGGAACAACUUCUUAAUAUAAAAGAAAUCAGUGAGACUCAGGAAAGCUUGAGUGAACUAGAGCAAUUCAAGGAACAUCUCAAAGCCAAAGACUCAACCCUACAAAGUGUAGAAAGUGAGAAGCUCAAGUUGACUGAGAGACUUCAGGAAAGUCAAGAAGAAAUAAAAAUUAUAAUUAAGGAAAGGGACGAAUUGAAAAGAGUGCAGAAGGCCCUUCAAACGGAGAGAGAUCAACUCAAAGAAAACAUUAAAGAAAUUGUAGCUGAAGGACUUGAAACAAAAGAGAAACUAAAAACUGCUUAUCUUCAUCUGAAUGCGCACCAGGAUACUAUUAGUACACCAACAAAGAAGAUUUCAGAGGGUACAGAACAAGCUGCAAAUAAUCAGAGAGAUUUAGAAAAUUCAGAUACUGAAUUAAAGGAAGAGAUCCAUCAACUUUUUAAGAUGAGAGAUAUCAGUGAAACUCAGGAAAAAAUGUGUGAAAUGGAACAUUUGAAGAAGCAAUUUGAGGACCAAACGUCAACUCUGGAAAAUACGGAAAUGGAGAAUAUAAGGUUGACUCAGAGACUCCAUGAAAACCUUGAAGAAAUGAAAUCUAUAACGAAAGAAAGAGAUGACCUUAGGAAUGUAGAGGAAACUCUCAAAGUAGAGAGAGACCAGCUCAAGGAAAACCUAAGAGAAAUCACUGUUAAAGACCUGAAAAAACAAGAGGAACUAAACAUUGCUCAUAUGCAUCUGAAAGAGCAGCAAGAAACCAUUGAUAAACUCAGGGGAGUUAUUUCAGAGAAAUCAGAUGAAAUAUCAAAUAUGCAGAUGGAUUUAGAAAAUUCAAAUGCUGCCUUAAAAGCACAGAUCCAAGAACUUCAGGAAAAAGAGCAUCAACUUCUUGAAGUAAAAAAUGAUCUCAGGGAAAAUACAUAUCAAAUAGAGCAAUUGAAGAAGCAGUUAGAGGUCCAGAAUUCCAUUCGGGAUAGUAUAGUAACAGAGAAGUUAAAAUUGACUGAGAAACUUCAUGAAAACCUAGAAGAAAUGAAAUGUGUUACUAAGGAAAGCGAGAACCUAAGAAGAGUAGAGGAAGCCCUCAGAAUGGAGCGAGACCAGCUCAGGGAAAGUCUUAGAGAAACAGAAGCUAAAGAUAUGAAAAAACAAGAGGAACUAAAAAUUGUGCACGUGUAUCUAAAAGAACACCAGGAAAGUAUUAAUAAACUCGGAAGUCUUGUUUCUGAGAAGGCAGAAGAAAUAGCAAAUAUGCAAAUGGAUUUAGAAAAUUCAAAUGCUAAACUACACGAAAAGAUCCAAGAACUUAAGGCAAAUGAACAUCAGAUUUUUAUGUUAAAAGAAGACGUAAGUGAGGCACAGAAAAAAAUGUUUGAAAUAGAGAAACUGAAGAAGCAGUUCAAGGCCCAAAGUUUAACUCUGGAUAAAACAGAAAUAGAGAACUUAAAUUUGGCUCACAAACUUCAUGAAAACCUUGAAGAAAUGAAAUCUGUAAUGGAAGAAAGAGAUAAUCUAAGGAAAGUGGAAGAGACACUCAAACUAGAAAGAAACCAACUCAAGGAAGAACUACAAGAAGCCGUAGCUAGAGAUCUGGAAAUGCAGCAGGAACUAAAAAUUGCUCGCAAGUACUUGAAAGAACACCAAGAAACUAUUGAUAAAUUCAGAGAGAAAGUUUCAGAAAAGACAACUCAAAUUUCAAAUAUUCAGAAGGAUUUAGAUAAAUCAAAAGAAGAAUUACAGAAAAGGAUCCAAGAAUUUCAGGAAAAAGAGCUUCAACUUCUUAAAAUGGAAGAAGAUAUCAAUAGAAUUCAGGAAAAAAAGAAUGAAAUGGAACAAUUGAAGAAGCAAUUUGAGGCCCAAAAUUUAUCUAUGCAAAGUAUGGAAAUGGAAAACUUGUACUUGACUAAGAAACUUCAUGAAAGCCUUGAAGAAAUAAGAAUAGUAGCUAAGGAAAGAGAUGAGCUAAGGAGAAUAAAAGACUCUGUCAAACUGGAGAGAGGCCAGUUCAGAGAAACCUUGAGAGAAAUUAUAGUUAGAGACCAACAGAACCACAAAGAGGUACUAACAUGUGAAAAAAGAUUACUAUAUGAUGGAAAGCAGCACCUUAUGGAAAGUCUGAGAGAAAAGUGCUUUAGGAUCAAAGAGCUUCUAAAGAGAUACUCAGAGAUGGAUAAUCACUAUGAGUGCCUGAAUAGACUGUCUUUUGACUUGGAGAAGGAAAUUGAAACCCAAAAAGAGCUUUCAAAUAGAGUAAAAGCAAACCUCUCACUUUCAUAUCCACAAACCAAACAGAUUCAAAAACUUCUCACUGCAAACCAAAGAUGUUCCAUGGAAUUCCAUAGAGUCACAAAGAAACUCAAGUAUGUUUUAAGCCAUAUCACAAAGAUAAAGGAAGAACAUCAUGAAUCGAUCAAUAAAUUUGAAAUGGAUUUUAUUGAUGAAGUGGAAAAGCAAAAUGAACUGCUAAUUCAAAUACAGCACCUUCAACAAAAUUGUGAUGUACUAUCCAAAGAAUCAAGGGAUCUGAAAUUGAACCAGAGUUUGGAUCUACAUAUUGAGGAAAUUCUCAAAGACUUUUCAGAAAGUGACCUCCUCAGCAUAAGGACUGAAUUUCAACAAGUACUAAGUUACAGGAAAGAAAUGACCCAGUUUUUGGAAGAGUGGUUGAAUACUCAUUUUGAUAUAGAAAAGCUUAAAAAUAGCAUCCAAGAAGAAAAUGAUAGAAUUUGUCAAGUGAAUAAUUUCUAUAAUAACAAAAUAAUUGCCAUAAUGAAUGAAUCAAUAGAGUUUGAGGAAAGAAUUGCUACCAUAUCCAAAGAAUGGGAACAGGACCUGAAAUCAGUGAAAGAGAAAAACGAACAAAUGUCUAAAAACUACCAAACUUUGAAGGCUUCUCUGGGAGGUGGUGCUCUUGUUAAUCCUACUACACAAGAUGAUAAGAAGCCUUGUGGUGCCCUUGUUAAUCCUACUACACAAGAUGAUAAGAAUCCUCAUGUUACGUCUAGAGCUACACAACUAACCACAGAGAAAAUUCAGGAGCUGGAAAUUUCACUACAUAAAGCUAAAGAAAGUGCUAAGCAUAAGGAAGCAAAGAUUAUAAAGAUGCAAAAAGAGCUUGAGAUGACUAAUGACAUAAUAGCAAAACUUCAAGCAAAGGUUAAUGAAUCAAAUAAAUGCCUUGAAAAAACAAAAGAAAUGAUCCAAGUACUCCAGGACAAGGUUGCUUUAGGAGCUGAGCCCUACAAGGAAGAAAUUGAAGAUCUCAAAACAAAACUGGUAAAAAUAGACCUAGAGAAGAUUAAAAAUGCCAAGGAGUUUGAAAAGGAAAUUACUUCUAUAAAAGCCACCGUGGAAUAUCAAAAAGAAGUUAUAAGACUAUUAAGAGAAAAUCUUAGAAGAAAUCAGCAGGCCCAAGAUACAUCAAUAGUAUCAGAAUGCCAUGAAUCUCAGCCUUCAAAUAAACCCUUAACCUGUGGGGGUGGCAGUGGCAUUGUACAAAGCACAAAAGCUCUCAUUUUGAAAAGUGAACAUAUAAGGCUAGAAAAGGAAAUUUCUAAGUUAAAGCAGAAAAAUGAACAGCUAAUAAAGCAACAUAAUGAACUGUUAAGCAACAAUCAGCAUCUUUCCAAAGAGGUCAAAACAUGGAAGGAAAGAACCCUUAAAAGAGAGGCUCACAAAGAAGUUACUUGUGAGAAUUCUCCAAAGUCUCCUAAAGUGACUGGAACAGCUUCUAGAAAAAGACAAACGACACCUUCUCAGUGCAAGGAAUGGAAUUUACAAGAUCCUGUGCCAAAGGAAUCACCAAAAUCCUGGUUUUUUGAUAGCCGUUCAAAGUCUUUGCCAGUAGCUAAUCCAGUUCGCUAUUUUGAUAACUCAGGCUUGGGCCUUUGCCCAGAGGAACAAACUGCAGGAGCCAAGAAUGUGGAUUCUCAGCCUGUUCCUUGGCACGCCUCUUCAGGAAAAGAUGUGCCCGAGUGCAAAACUCAAUAGACUCCCUCUGUUGCUUUUCUGGAGGGCCAUUUUUCCUCAUUUGAACAUCACCGUGUUUGCCACUUUAUGUGUCUAUCCCUGGCAAUGAUGUCACAGUCCAACUUAAUUUCACAUUCAAUUUUCACUUUAAACUAGAAUUGGAAGAUUAAGGCACAGAAAACUGAUAAUGCAUUUCAGUUACUUAGAAUGGCAGUAGCAGUCUUUUCUUCUUGAAUUCAGUAAUAUUUUAGGAAUUCAAUUGUUUUAUUUAUUUAUAUAUUAUGUAAAGAAUAAAGUUAUUGAAGGAAAUUUCCAGUCUUGCCAUGUAUCCAUUUCAUGUAUACAUUUUUAUUAAUGUUAAGCU